CAUCUUCUCAUCAAACCAACAGCCAUCCAAGCCUCUUACUUGCUCCCUAUCAGUCAUCAUGCGCGCUUCUACCCUCCUUCUUCUCCUUCCGGCCACUCUGGCGGCGUCCUAUGUGAUUCCGAACGACACCAAGGAUGGAGUCUACGCCACCUACACUGAUGACAGUGGCAAUGAGGUCCACGAACUCAUUGGAAAGGGUGUUGAAGUUCAGUCUGCUGAAUCCACCAUCGAAGCUCGCGACAACCGAACGUGGCAAACCUGGUGCGGCUGCGGCAUCGGACUUGACCAUGGCAACACCGACGCCGCUGUCCAAGACCUCAAGAAUCAAAUCGGUCCCAACCAGAUAAACCAGAACAACGUCAACUACUACUCUAUCCGCGGCAACGUUGUGGCAUUUUCCUGCAUUCAGGAAGCUUGGUUCACGACCUCUGAAGCAAGCUACCUUACCAACGCUUUUGCCGAAAUUACCUCACGUUGCGGUUGGUACAUCGCUGGUACUGCCCAGCUGAGCCCAGAUGGUGCCGCCGAUCCUUCCGUUGUUGGAUAUAUGCAGUACUCCAACGGACUCAACUUCUGCGGCAAUGCCGCAUCCUCCAACCGGGCUAGCUGCUAG